CGGAGUCACUGUCGCUUCAGCAAGGCUGUGGAGAGGACGGACGCGCCUGGUGCCCCGGGGAGGGGCGCCACCGGGGUAGGAGGAGGAGGUAGAGAAGAAGAGACGCCCUGUCUGCCCGAGCCCUCUCGAGGUUCUGACCCCAGGGGCUAGGAGACUGAUAAGUUCCUCCACCUCCACUGCCUGAAGAGACCGUGACACUGGAGGGACCUGAGCCCACCGCACCAGGGGCCCCAGCACCGCCCCAGUGGCCUAGAGCAACAGUCUCAGGGACCACUGCAAGGUUUCCAGUUGCCUAGACAACGAGCUGGGGUCAGAGCAACAACCAUUCCAGCCAUCUGCCUCGACUGCUGGCUCAGACACCCGUCCCAGCCCUGUGCAUCCAGCCCAAGUGACAUGCCGGUGCUCUCCACCCCCCGGCCCUCGCGGGUGACCACGCUGAAGCGCACAGCUGUGGUCCUGGCCCUCACGGCCUAUGGAGCCCACAAAAUCUACCCCCUGGUGCGGCAGUGCCUGGCUCCGGCCAGAGGCCCUCAAGUGCCUGCAGGAGAGUCCACGCAGGAGGCCUCCGGGGCCACUUCGGCCACAGCGGCCAAGGCCGGUGUGAACCGAGUGUUCUUGCAGCGACUCUUGUGGCUCCUGCGGCUGCUCUUCCCCAGGAUCCUGUGCCGGGAGACUGGGCUGCUGGCGCUGCACUCAGCCACCCUGGUGAGCCGGACUUUCCUGUCAGUAUAUGUGGCCCGCCUGGAUGGACGGCUGGCCCGCUGCAUCGUGCGCAAGGACCCCCAAGCCUUUGGUUGGCAGCUCCUGCAAUGGCUCCUCAUCGCCCUCCCAGCCACCUUCAUCAACAGUGCCAUCCGCUACCUGGAGGGCCAACUGGCCCUCUCUUUCCGAAGCCGUCUAGUGGCCCACGCCUACAGCCUCUAUUUCUCCCAGCAGACCUACUACCGAGUCAGCAACAUGGAUGGGCGGCUUCGCAACCCUGACCAAUCCCUGACAGAGGAUGUAGUGGCCUUUGCUGCCUCUGUGGCCCACCUCUACUCCAACCUGACCAAGCCACUCCUGGACGUGGCUGUGACCGCCUACACCCUGCUUCGAACGGCCCGCUCCCGUGGGGCUGGCACGGCCUGGCCUUCGGCCAUUGCUGGCCUCGUGGUGUUCCUCACAGCUAACGUGCUUCGAGCCUUCUCACCCAAGUUUGGGGAGCUGGUGGCAGAGGAGGCCCGGCGGAAGGGGGAGCUGCGCUACAUGCACUCUCGUGUGGUGGCCAACUCAGAGGAGAUUGCCUUCUAUGGGGGCCAUGAGGUGGAGCUGGCCCUGCUGCAGCACUCCUACAAGGCCCUGGCUUCACAGAUCAACCUCAUCUUGCUGGAGCGCCUGUGGUAUGUCAUGCUGGAGCAAUUCCUCAUGAAGUACGUGUGGAGUGCCUCAGGCCUGCUCAUGGUGGCUGUCCCCAUAAUCACCGCCACCGGCUACUCAGAGUCAGAUUCAGAAGCUGUGAAGAAGGCAGCCUUGGAGAUGAGGGAGGAAGAGCUGGUAAGUGAACGCACAGAGGCCUUCACCAUUGCCCGAAACCUCCUCACAGCUGCCGCAGAUGCCAUUGAGCGGAUCAUGUCAUCCUACAAGGAGGUGACAGAGCUGGCCGGCUACACAGCCCGGGUACAUGAGAUGUUCCAGGUAUUUGAAGAUGUCCAACACUGCCGUUUCAAGAGGCCCGGGGAGCCAGAGCCAAAGGACGCUCAGACAGGGUCUGGAGCUGUGGUCAGGUCUGGUGUCCGUGUGGAGGGGCCCCUGCAGAUCCGAGGCCAAGUGGUGGAUGUCGAGCAGGGGAUUAUUUGCGACAACAUCCCCAUCAUCACGCCCACGGGAGAGGUGGUAGUGGCCAGCCUUAACAUCAGGGUGGAAGAUGGCAUGCACCUGCUUAUCACAGGCCCCAACGGAUGUGGCAAGAGUUCCCUGUUCCGGAUCCUUGGUGGGCUCUGGCCCACGUAUGGCGGUGUGCUGUACAAGCCCCCACCCCAGCGCAUGUUCUACAUCCCUCAGAGGCCCUACAUGUCCGUCGGCUCCUUGCGCGACCAGGUGAUCUACCCUGACUCAGUGGAGGACAUGCGAAGGAAAGGCUAUUCAGAGCAGCACCUAGAAGCCAUUCUGGACAUCGUGCACCUGAACCACAUCCUGCAGCGGGAAGGAGGUUGGGAGGCCGUGUGUGACUGGAAGGAUGUUUUGUCAGGGGGCGAGAAGCAGAGAAUCGGCAUGGCCCGCAUGUUCUACCACAAGCCCAAGUAUGCCCUCCUGGAUGAAUGUACCAGCGCCGUAAGCAUCGACGUGGAAGGCAAGAUCUUCCAGGCAGCCAAGGAUGCAGGCAUCGCUCUGCUUUCCAUCACCCACCGACCCUCCCUGUGGAAGUACCACACGCACUUGCUACAGUUCGAUGGGGAGGGCGGCUGGAAGUUCGAGAAGCUGGACUCAGCCACCCGCCUGAGCUUAACUGAGGAGAAGCAGAGGCUUGAGCAGCAACUGGCGGGCAUUCCCAAGAUGCAGCGGCGUCUCCAGGAGCUCUGCCAGAUCCUGGGCCAAGGCCCCAAGGUCCUGCAGGGUGCUGCCACCUGACAGAGCGCUGUGGCUCUGGGCCCACAGCCCUUGCCCCUCCCCGAGCCCUCGGAUCAUAUGAAGGAAACAACAGUGCCUGCCUACCCACUCAGCCCCAGCCUCCACCCAGCCCCACCACAGGCCCACCCUGCAUGACCUCCCCUCCUCCCAGGCCUCCUCCCGACAGGACUGCCCUCCCGACAGGACUGCCAGUGGAAGGGUGUGCCCGAUCCUUGUGCCCCGGCCCUCGAGCAAGUAGACAUGGAAGGUCCCACCCUGCUGUCCACCCCAACGCCGCCCCCUUCCCUGCCCCACUGUAACCGUGACCUGGGCAGGGGAGCUGGGUCCUUUCUUUUCUUUGGGGAGGGUAAGAGGGAUAGGAGGUAAGCCCCAGCUCACACUACCAGACAGUUUGUACUGAGCCCUGGCAUUUGAGGGGUAUUGCCCUCCUGAGACUGAAGUCCCCCUUAUUUCCCUCUCCUGAGCCCCUCAGAGACCUCAUGGUCUAUCCCUCUAUUGCCACCACCCAGGUGGCCGCCAAGGCUCCCGCCCCCCACUGGAUGCCAUUCUUACCAUAGAAAUGACCAGACAGGACCCACGGCCGGACUGGGCCCCUGUCCGCUCCCCUUCUCCCCUCCAGUUGUCCCGAAAAACUCUCGGGAUGAAGAAUUGCACAGCAUUUCUUAGUAAGUGAAAAUAAGAAUGUAGUCCCUUUCCCUCUCGGUCCCUACAAGCUAAUUUAUUGGAUCCCUGUUUGUAGCCUUCUCGAUUGCCAACGUGAGGACCCUGCUAGCAGGGGAGGCAGCCCAGGCUGCAGUCCUUCCACAGGUGGCCCAGCCUCUGAGCCAGCCCCAGCCAGCCCGUCACCCCACCAGCCUACACUGCCAGCUGCCGCCAGGGGCACCCAGGCCAGCCAGAGGGGUAGAUGCACGCUGUGCUGCCAGGAGUACGGGCACCAGUGUUCCCAGCUCAGUGCCAAAGAGGGGUCAGCCAGGGAAGCUGUCUCUGCAAAGCUAGCUCCUGCCCGAGAGGGAGACCCCACUGCCGCCGUGUGCCUUUCGGGGGAGGGAAGGCUCAGCCCUCGGGCUGGGGAGCCUCCCUCAGUCCCUCAGUAAAAACCUCCC